AUGGAAAUAUCGGCAUUCAUAGAGAGGUUAUUUAGACUAGUUCUCGUAACAUUAGCAACGCGAUUUAGUUCCUUAAACUGGUGCUGUGAAAAUUCAUUUGGAUCAAUUUCGAGCGUUCACUCAUCAAGUCCUUUUCUAAUGCCCAGAAUAUGCACACUAAACUAUUUCAUUCUCUGCUCAGGAGUUGUCAUAACUAUUGCUCUGAUAUUCCUUGUUAGGUCGAACCAGUUGGAUGAGAAACUUUUUCCUUACUCAAAGAGGUUUAAUGGUUCAGCUUGCGUAACGAAGGAUGGGAAAGUAACAUGUACAGAAGGUACACAUCAAAGUUUGUCAGAUUCAUUUCGUCGCUUUAUGAUUUUUAAAUGUUCACUAAUUCUAUUGGCACUGUGCAGUCUUGCUAUAAUUCGUCACAGGCAUAAGCGUUUAGACAAAAAACUAAUGCAGAAAGUCAACUUCCAGAUUGCAGCUGGUGUCUAG